AUGGCUUUCGAGGAGUCCAUUUUGGAUGGUAAGUGGCGGGUGAUCUUCUGCUCCUGCGACGCCUUGCUGGGCGGAUCCUUUGGACUCCUCGACGGCGAGGCAACUCAGAGUUUCGACUUCAAAGGGAGGAAAAAGAUUCAGCGCGAGCUUCGGUUGAAGACUGAGUUCUUUUUGGGCCUCUUUGCGUCCUGGCUCUCAGUUUGGACGCCCACCAAGGGUGAUGUGGCCAUCGGCGAAGAGGAGUGGUACCCCUUCAUCUUUGGGCAGAAGAUCCCGCUCUUUUCGUUCUCCAUCAAGGGUCUCAUGAAGUGGCAGAACCUCUACACCGACGAGACAAUGCGGGUCCUCCGUGUGAGCAAGAAAGCCUCCAAGGUCGAAGGUUUGGUGAUCUUGGAGAAGGUGAAGAAAUGA